GUUUUGACAAGUGUUAGACGUAAGUCAUGGAGCUGCUACUAAAAGACUUGGGAGGAGAAGCCUUUAUUAAUAUUUUUAAUGAACGGCAUUUCAACCUUGAAACCUUAAAACACUUAAAAUGGGAUCAGCUGCGUGGUGAAAUUCCAGUAGAAUUGGUAGGGCCAGCAGUCGAGUUUUUUCAAAGACUAGAGCUAUGGCAAAAAAACGAUCAGGAUAACAGUAUUGAGUCCGUAUUUGGUGUUUCAUUGAGCAAUAUUCUGGCAAACAGCAAGAAGGGAAAGCUUAUAAUAAAUAGCUAUGAAGAAACAAAAUCCCUCAAUACCAGGACGCGAAGGGAGCUGAGCUGUUCCAUCGUAGAGAACUCUUAG